CCUCCCGGUGCCGCGGGGGUCGUGGCGCCCCCACCUGCAGCGCGGCGAGCUCUCGCGUCCAGCCCUCUGGCGUUCCCGAAGGGUCCCCGCCCCGGAGAGAGGAGCGGUCCUCCCGAGACCGGCCCGGCCGGCCCGGCGGUGAGAUGAGCUUCUUCGGCUUCGGGCAGAGCGUGGAGGUGGAAAUCUUGCUCAGCGAUGCGGAGAGUAGGAAGCGGGCCGAGCACAAGACGGAGGACGGGAAGAAGGAGAAGUAUUUCCUCUUCUACGACGGGGAGACGGUCUCCGGGAAGGUGAGCCUUGCACUCAAGAACCCCAACAAGCGGCUGGAGCACCAGGGCAUCAAGAUCGAGUUCAUCGGGCAGAUCGAGCUCUACUACGACCGUGGGAACCACCAUGAGUUUGUGUCCCUGGUGAAGGACCUGGCUCGGCCCGGAGAAAUUACUCAGUCACAGGCCUUCGACUUUGAAUUCACCCACGUGGAGAAGCCGUAUGAGUCCUACACGGGGCAGAAUGUGAAGCUACGGUAUUUCCUUCGAGCCACCAUCAGUCGCCGCCUCAAUGACGUUGUCAAAGAGAUCGACAUUGUGGUUCACACACUCAGCACAUACCCAGAGCUGAACUCCUCCAUCAAGAUGGAAGUUGGGAUCGAGGACUGUCUGCACAUUGAGUUUGAGUACAAUAAAUCCAAAUACCACUUGAAAGAUGUCAUUGUAGGGAAGAUAUACUUCCUGCUGGUAAGAAUCAAAAUCAAGCAUAUGGAGAUAGACAUCAUCAAGCGGGAAACGACAGGCACAGGCCCCAACGUGUACCAUGAGAAUGACACGAUAGCCAAGUAUGAGAUCAUGGAUGGAGCACCCGUGAGAGGAGAGUCCAUCCCUAUCCGGCUCUUCCUGGCGGGCUAUGAGCUCACGCCCACCAUGCGAGACAUCAAUAAGAAGUUCUCCGUGCGCUAUUACCUCAACCUGGUGCUGAUCGACGAGGAGGAGCGGCGCUACUUCAAACAGCAGGAAGUGGUGUUGUGGCGGAAGGGUGACAUCGUGCGGAAGAGCAUGUCCCACCAGGCAGCCAUCGCCUCACAGCGCUUCGAGGGCACAGCCUCCCUGGGUGAGAAAUCAGUGCAGUCGUGGGCCUUUGACUGAGCAGGGCUCAUGGAUCAGAAUUGAGACUGGAGGGAAAGGCAUUUGGGAUGACACUUGAGGUCGACUGGGGGACCUCAAGAUCCCCUCAAGAAACAAGGAAGAUAAGAUGGUUUCCCUCAUGCUGGACCCUGAGUUCCAGUGCGACAGACAAUCCCAUGGGGA